CUGAAGGUCACCAUGCUUAGUCCUUUGUUUCGAGCCCACGGCCUGUUCGUGGCCUCCCACCCCUGGGAGGUUAUCAUCGCCACCGUCACACUCACCAUCUGCAUGAUGUCCAUGAACAUGUUCACUGGAAAUGAUCAGAUCUGUGGCUGGGAUCUGGACUGCCCCAAAUCAGAGGAGGAAGUACUGAGCAGUGACAUCAUCAUCCUGACCAUCACACGCUGCAUCGCAAUUUUUUACAUUUAUUUCCAGUUCCAGAGCCUGAGACAGCUGGGCUCCAAAUACAUUCUGGGCAUCGCUGGUCUGUUCACCAUUUUCUCCAGCUUUGUGUUCAGCACAGUCGUCAUCCACUUUUUUGACAAAGAGUUAACCGGCCUAAAUGAAGCUUUGCCUUUUUUCCUGCUUCUCAUUGAUUUAUCCAAAGCGUGCACACUCGCCAAGUUUGCCUUGAGCUCAAACUCUCAGGAGGAAGUGAGGGAGAACAUUGCUUCAGGGAUGGCUGUUUUGGGACCAGCCUUCACUUUGGAUGCUCUGGUGGAGUGUUUAGUGAUCGGAGUGGGAACCAUGUCAGGUGUUCGGCAGCUGGAGAUCAUGUGUGGCUUUGGAUGCAUGUCAGUUUUAGCCAACUACUUUGUGUUCAUGACAUUCUUUCCUGCAUGUGUGUCUCUGGUACUGGAGUUGUCCCGUGAGAGUCAAGAGGGCCAUCCAAUCUGGCAGUUGAGUAAUUUUUCCAGAGUGAUGGAGGAGGAGGACAACAAACCCAACCCUGUAACCCAGAGGGUUAAAGUCAUCAUGUCUCUGGGCCUGGUAAUAGUUCAUGCCCACAGCCGCUGGACAUCCAAAACUUUGUCCACAAACACUACUGAAACUGACCCAAUGAUUCCCAUGGACCUGGACCAAGUCUCUGCAAGACGAAUUGAGCCUGUGGUGCCACUGUGGCACUUCUACCUCAGCAGAAUGAUAACCAUGGACUUGGAGCAGGUGAUCUGUUUGUUCUUGGCUCUACUCCUGGCUGUCAAGUACAUCUUCUUUGAGCAGGCUGAGACCGAGUCUGUGCUGUCCUUGAAGAGUCCCAUCUCUCUGGCUCCUCGAACACAAAACCUGCAACACAUGGAGACCUGCUGCAUUAGAGAGCCACCUGAACCCAGAUCCCAGAUUUCUGCCCCCGCCUGCAGGGAGGAGAGAGGAGAAAAAAACUCAGAUGAAGUUAUCCGGCCGUUUCCAGCCCUCACCACUGACUGUCAGCAGAAGAGCUUGUUCACUAUUGGUGAAGAAGAAGAAGAGAUCAAAUCUGAGGUCACUGAGCCAAGUUUUCCUCAGAAACCUAGAGAACUGGAUGAGUGUGUGUCCAUCUUUAAAAACCCUGAGCUGGGGCCCCAUCAUCUGAGUGAUGCUGAGGUCAUGCUCCUGGUGGCUUCCAAACACAUCCCUGCUUACAAACUGGAGGUGAUGAUGGAGAGACCAGAGAGAGGAGUGUCCAUACGGAGACAGAUGAUCUCUGCAAAGCUUCCUUCUCCUACUGCACUUUCCUCCCUGCCCUACACUGACUAUGAUUAUUCAAAGGUUCUGGGCACCUGCUGUGAGAAUGUGAUUGGUUACGUACCUGUCCCAGUGGGCGUGGCAGGACCACUACACCUGGAUGGGAAACAGUUCCAGGUUCCCUUGGCCACAACAGAAGGCUGUCUGGUUGCGAGCACCAACCGCGGCUGUCGAGCCAUCGCACUGGGAGGUGGAGCGUUCAGUCGUGUUCUGGCUGACAGCAUGACCCGUGGACCUGUGGUCAGAUUACCAUCCGCCUGCAGGGCUGCUGAGGUCAAAGCCUGGCUGGAGAGUACAGAUGGUUUUCAAGAUGUCAAGGAUGCUUUUGACAACACCAGCAGGUUCGCUCGGCUGCAGAAGCUCCUGGUUGGUCUGGCUGGGAGAAACCUUUACAUCCGCUUCCACUCCAGGACUGGAGACGCCAUGGGGAUGAAUAUGAUCUCUAAGGGCACAGAGCAGGCUCUGCACCGACUGCAGCAGCACUUCCCUGAGCUGCAGGUGAUUGCUGUCAGUGGAAACUACUGYACAGACAAGAAACCAGCUGCCAUCAACUGGAUCGAAGGCAGGGGCAAGUCUGCAGUCUGUGAGGCCACCAUCCCAGCAAAGGUGGUCCAAGAG